CGCAUGCGCAGAAACGCAGGCAAUGCUUGAAAACUAGCAGUUAUGCCGCUCAGCAGACGAGCCUAACUCAAUGGUACUGAUCAGAGCAUCCGAUCCGCACGCGCUGGAGGCCACCGGGCAGCUCACACACACGGCGAGGAGAAGUUUGUGUGGACAGAGCGCGAGCGCGAGGGCUUCUCCGGAUUUGUCUCCAGCUCGACGGCUCCUCCAUUCCUCCUCCGGCUCGGCAGCGGUCGACACAUCCUCCCCAAUGUUACCAUCCAACUGAAGCGCGGGGAUUUUACUUCUUCCAGCUGUUUUUCUGACUAUUAAUAAAAAAUAGCCAAAACCUGAACAGGGGUCACUAUGUUUUUGUUACCAUUCCAUACUAGGAGGCGUUUGAAUAGCUUUUGUCCGGGGGCGUUGUGCUUGCACUUCAUGCUCUGGAUUGUAUGUGCCGUUUGCGGAGAGGAGCAGCCGUUCAGUGUAGAGGCAUGGCUCCAGCGGUAUGGUUACCUCCCCCCCACAGACCCUAGAAUGUCUGUCCUGCGCUCGGCGCAGACCAUGCAGUCUGCUAUCGCUGCCAUGCAGCGGCUGUACGGCCUCAACGUCACCGGCGCUCUGGACAAGAACACCAUCGACGCUAACACUAUAAGCUGGAUGAAAAAGCCCCGGUGUGGGGUACCAGACCAGCUUGGCGGUGCCUCCAAAUUCAGCGUACGGAAACGACGCUACGCCCUCACGGGACAGAAGUGGCAACACAAGCAUAUCACAUACAGCAUAAAGAACGUCACACCCAAGGUGGGUGCAGAGGAGACCCACGAUGCCAUUCGCCGGGCGUUCGAGGUGUGGCAGAAUGUGACACCGCUGCGUUUUGAGGCUGUUCCCUACAGCGAGCUGGAGCGGAAUAAGAAAGAUGUGGACAUUACCAUCAUAUUCGCCUCUGGAUUCCAUGGAGACAGCUCACCCUUCGAUGGAGAGGGGGGCUUUCUGGCACAUGCCUACUUCCCUGGGCCAGGCAUCGGGGGAGACACGCACUUCGACUCAGACGAGCCCUGGACUCUGGGGAACCCCAAUCAUGAUGGGAAUGACCUGUUCUUGGUGGCCGUGCAUGAGCUGGGCCAUGCGUUAGGCCUGGAGCACUCCAAUGACCCCACAGCCAUAAUGGCCCCCUUCUACCAGUACAUGGACACAGAGAACUUCAAACUGCCUCAUGACGACUUGCAGGGUAUACAGAAGAUUUACGGGCCACCGGACAAGCUUCCUCAGCCCACAAAGCCUUUACCAACAGCGCCCCCUCCACGCUCACACCCCCCCUCAGACCCCCGCAAACACGAUCGUCAGACGCGACCCCCACGCAUACCCACAGGGGACAAGCCAACACAUCCGAACGCCAAACCCAACAUCUGUGAUGGAGACUUCAACACACUUGCCAUCCUACGACGAGAGAUGUUUGUGUUCAAGGACCACUGGUUUUGGAGGGUCAGGGACAAUGCAGUAAUGCCAGGCUAUCCCAUGCUCAUCAGUGUGUUCUGGAGGGGUUUACCACCCAAAAUAGAUGCCGUGUAUGAGAACAGUGAGGGCAAGUUUGUCUUCUUUAAAGGGAAACAGUUCUGGGUGUUCAAGGACACCAUGCUCCAGCCUGGCUACCCAAAGGACAUUUCCAUGUUUGGCAACGGCAUGCCAGCACAGAGUAUCGAGACCGCCGUCUGGUGGGAGGAUGUAGCCAAGACCUACUUUUUCAAAGGGGACAGGUAUUGGAGAUACAAUGAGGAUAUGAGGACCAUGGAUCCUGGCUACCCAAAGUCCAUCACAGUGUGGAAGGGUGUCCCACCUUCUCCUCAGGGUGCCUUUGUGGACAAAGCCAAUGGUUUCACAUACUUCUACAAAGAUAAAGAAUACUGGAAGUUCAACAACCAGAGACUGCGGGUAGAGCCGGGCUACCCUCGCUCCAUUCUGAAGGACUUCAUGGGCUGUGACCUUACACCCAUCGACCCCGACCGCCUUCCCACAGAGGACGUGGACAUUGUUAUCAAGCUGGACAACGAGGCCAGCACAGUCAAAGCCAUCGCCAUCGUCAUACCCUGCAUCCUGGCGCUGUGUCUGCUGGUGCUGGUCUACACCGUCUUUCAGUUCAAGAGGAAGGGCACACCACGCCACAUACUGUACUGCAAACGCUCCAUGCAGGAGUGGGUGUGAAUCAUAGCCCUGCCCCUUUAACUCUCACCUCCCGGCAGACGCCGCGGUGGUACAGCCCACCUUAAAACCUGCGGACUUGCGGCCCUGACCUCACUCUGUCUCACUCCGGCUCUGUGGCGAGCAGAGAGGGCCUUUGCCUAGAUCUCCCCCUCCAGGAGAGGAAGGGUGCAUUAUUUCUUACUCCCAGCUCCUCUCCGAUUAGCUCAGUGUGCCCGCUCUAAGACUAGAUCGGGUUCUAGACCAGACACCUUCAGCGGUGCACUGCGUCAUCCUGCGUCAAAUCAGGUCUUAACUGUUCUAAGUGGAAAAAAGCUGAUUGCUAUAUCUUUAAGUUUUACUCCCAACUGCACGCUCAAAUGAGAGAAAACAAAAAGAAACAAGCCCAUCUUAAAGUUGCUGGAAUUCAACAAGUUAACAUCUUCAGAGUUUACCUUUUCCUUUUUUUAAAUCUUUUAGCCUUUCUGUUCGACUUCGGUCCAUAACUUAUUUUCAACCGAGGUAUUUACGAUUCCCUUUAAGCAGUCCUGAAGAAGACAGCCCAAACCAAAUAAAGACUUCUUUCUCUCCAAAGAGGAUUUUUUUUUGUUUUUUGAAUAUAAUUUUUUUUGUUGUUAUCGCUUUCUUUUCUUUUUCUCCCUGCUCUUAAUCUGCUGUAGUGAUAAGAUGUGGGGAACUCUUGACUGUUGUGGCAGUCUGUCUUAGAAACAGGGGCCAAAAUAUUCUGCAAUAUUUUUAACAGCCUUAAUUAUACAUUGUGUUAUUCUUAUUGUUUUUUUUUUAUUUGUUUGUUUUGUUUAGUUUUUUUUUUUUUUUUAACAUUUUGCUUUAUUUGUUUGUCAGCAAGCCAGUGGGUGGCAUCUGUUGCUUUGCUUCUUUUGUCCUACCUGUGAUUGAAAGGCCAUGGUUAACCAUGUUGGCCAGAGGCCUCUGCGCAGGUCUGCCAAGCUGCUGGAGCAGGAGCGAGUGGUCAGUCUGUACUUACAGUGAAAUAUAUCAGUAGGAGAGAGAGAAUAGGUUCAAGCCACUACAUGAGCUAAUGCGUUACUGCGGCUAUUCAACAGGCUUUAUCGGUCUAUCAGUAUAGGAAUGCAAUGUUAAAGGAAGUGCUAUAGUGCUUUAGAACAUCAGUCACUUGUUUGUUCAUGUUUACCUGUCCUGUAACCCAAAUCGGAGAUUUGGUGCUCCUGCCCGAAAGGAACUCUGCUGGCACGUGGUCAGCACAGUGUGUCAUCUCUUCUGGACUGCCUUGUUUUUUGUUUUUUGUUUUUUUCUUUUCAUGGGGGGAGGGGAGGGUUAAAAUUCCCAGAGCCUUGGCACACGCUGCACAGGGGCAUCAACCCAGGAUCCAUGAGAGCACCAUCUCAGGACAGUGCUUGUGUGCAAGGGUGUACAAGCAUUUAUGUGUCCUCUAACUGUGACAGCAGGGGACAAAGAAAAGGAACAAGGUUGUGAUGAUAGGAUUUGAAAUAAGAUUUUCUGGAUGGAAGCAGAACUCUUUACAGCGCCUUGCGGCAUGCAACUUGAACUGGAGGCUCAGCCUAUUGCAUUAGAGGGACUUCUCGAUUUCUUGAACAUACAGUACCUUGCUUGCAUUUUUUAUGUUUUUUUUUUUUUCUGGUACAAAACAGAACAAAAAAUAAAUGAUCUCAACCUCAAGGUACAAGUGGUACUCAAGUGAGCUGAGCUGUCAUUUAGCAUUCUUUUCUUGGCCAAUACUGAUCAAGAGAUAUUUUCAUAUUUAGUUCAUUUUAGUUGACAGAAACCAGUGAAGAUAUGUCAUUGCUGUUUGGCAAGCAUUGUUUGGAUGCGUGUCUGUCAUGUCAUGUUAUUUUAUUAGUAUUAUAUUAUUAUUUUUUUUAUUCUUUUGAGAGCAAACGAGACAUCUCCAAGUACAUGUAAGACUCCGAAUGGGACGAUGGAUCAGUCCUGACAGAAAUAAUAAAAAAAAAAAAUUAUUAGUAUGGCA